UCUAAAUACAAAUUUCACGCAAUCAAAAAAUCACAAAAACUAUAUAUCUUUAAAUCAGAUUCGGUCAUACUUUCCUAACAUUCACACACAUUUAUUUUUGAUAAUUUUACCAACUUGCCUGCAAUUUAUACGCUAAACUCCUACCACAAUGGGCAAGAAAUUGAAAUUACCGAAGCAGGCAAAGGUCAAGUCCUUCUUUCGCAGCGAGGACAUGGAACUGUGCCAGCUGCUCCUGCACGUGGACAAUGCCUUCGACUGCCUAAUGGAGCUGGGUCACCAUGGCAUGGUGCAGUUCAACAAUAUUUACGACGAGGACCGGCUGCUAAACAAUCUCUACACGAAGAAGGUAGUCCAGUGCCAUGAGUAUCUGCGUCUGGUGGAUAGCCUGCACCAGCAGAUCAUCCAGCUAAAUGUUAAUGAAAUCUUCUAUCCGAAUGUGGAUCGUGAGGAUCGGAUGCGGGAGCGGGAUCUGCGUAAGUACGAGGACAGUUUGCGGCGCCUCCACUUGGAGGCCUCCACAGUGAUGGAGCACUAUCAGCGGAUGGACACACGGCGGUAUCGGAUGAUGGAGCAAUGCUUUGCCAUCACCAAGGCAAACAAGUUCAUGACCGCGGACAGGGGCAGCGAGCUGCUGUACUCGGAGAGCACCAUUGGGGGCCUGGUGCAGGAUGCUUCAGUGGGGAACAACCAUGUCCAGUAUGGCUCUCAGCUCAGUUACUUGUUGGGAACCAUACGGGCGGAAAAGUUCCAUAGCUUUGAGCUGCUCGUUUACCGGAUGUGCUCCUUCAAUGUGGUCAUGCGGUUUGCCGAAAUGCCCAAACCCAUCAUGGUGUAUACUUCGAGGGAGCCGGAAAAGGUGCGCAUGUUUACAGUUCUGAUGAUGUCCAGCUCCUCGACGAUUUGGCACAAGGUCCUCAAGAUCUGUGCCCAAUAUCAAGUGCAUAUACACGAUUGUCCCUCAUCCGCCAAUCAGCGUACGGCUCGGAUCAAGGAGCUGACCCAGGAGAUCAGGAACAUCGAGAGAGUGCUCAAGGAGGCGGAGUUGAUGCGCCGGCAGGUCCUCGAGAUUGCCGCCCGGGAUCUCUUCAUAGUCCGCGUCAAUCUGCGCAAGGCCCUGCGAGUCUAUGACCUGAUGAACCGCCUCCGUUUGGUGGGUGGCGUCUACGAGGCCAAGUAUCUGCUGGCCGAGGUCUACCUGCCAGUCUCAGAGUUGGCCAACGUGCGGGAUACCCUCGUGAAUGCGAACAGAUUGAGUGGAGGGGCAGACCGGAAAAUAUCAAUCACAGAUGAUAAGGAAGAAGUUAAUGGUAAUGCCCCGCCUUUGGAUGAAUCUGCUCCAGCAGAAAAUAAGCAAGCCAACAAUAAUGCCCCGCCACCUUUGAAUGAAACCGCUUCAGGAGAUAGAAACUCCCAGAGGGUAGAUCCAAUGGAAACCUUAAAUUUUACCACUCGCCCCAUUAUGAUGAAGAAGACACGCACGGUGAACCACAUGCCGCCCACGUUCUUUCGGCUCAACAAGUUUACCAGGGGCUUUCAGGCCCUGAUCGAUGCCUAUGGCAAUGCGGACUACCAGGAGCUGAAUCCUGCUCCAUACACCAUCAUCACGUUUCCCUUUCUGUUUGCCGUUAUGUUCGGGGACAUGGGGCACGGCAUCCUGUUGAUUUUGUUUGCCUUGCUGAUGAUUUGGAGGGCCAAGCAAAUCGAAAUCGAGCAGGUAAGUGCCGUGUCAGAAAAUGAAAUAAUGAACAUUCUAUUCGCCGGCCGCUACAUCAUCCUGCUAAUGGGCAUCUUCUCCGUCUACAUGGGCUUCAUCUACAACAUUGUACUGUCCAAGAGCAUGAACCUGUUCGGCUCCAGCUGGAGCUGUCGCUACAAUGCCACCACCGUGAGCGAAAGCAUUGUCGAGCUGUCCUUCGAUCCAUCGAGCAAAAAUUUCUACACGGGCAACCCGUAUCCCAUUGGCAUGGAUCCCGUGUGGGUGGUAUGCGGCCAGGUCUCUAUUACCACCACCAACUCGCUGAAAAUGAAGAUGGCCAUCAUCCUGGGCGUUAGCCAGAUGAUGUUCGGCCUGUGCCUGUCCGCCGCCAAUUGUGUGCUGCUCAAGAAGUAUGCAGACCUGCUGCUGGUGGUGGUGCCCCAGAUGAUCUUCCUGGUGUGCCUGUUCUGCUACCUUUGCUUCCUCAUCUUCUUUAAGUGGUUGACCUACGGCGGACUUAAGGAGCAUCCAUAUACCUCAUCCUGUGCUCCCUCCGUCCUCAUAACUUUCAUCAACAUGAUGCUGAUGAAGAAGGAGUCGCCAAAUGGAGAUUGUCCCGAUGGUAUGUUUCCCGGCGAGCGGACGGUGGAGUACGUCCUGGUCAUACUGGCCUUGCUUGCUGUACCCGUCCUGCUGGCGGGAAAGCCGCUAUAUAUUAUGCGCAAGAGGAAGAAGGCAAAGGUCGAGGAGGAGAAGAUACUGGCCGAGGAGCGGAGGGGAAAGGCUACAAGGCAGCCGGUCAAGGUGAUGCGCUCCGAGAUCAGGUACUACUUCGAUGAGACCGUUAGCACGGAGGUUUUCAAAGAUCGUUCCUAUGACCAAGAGGAUGAGCUGGAAAUGUCUGAGAUCUGGAUACAUUCAUGCAUUCAUACCAUUGAAACGGUUCUGGGUUCCAUUUCCCACACGGCAUCCUAUUUGCGUCUUUGGGCUCUUUCUUUGGCCCACGAUCAGCUUUCCGAAGUCCUGUGGCACAUGAUUCUGUCGAAGGGAUUGGCCAACAAUAUGCCCCUCUACUAUGGCGUACCCAUCCUCAUGGCCACCUUCUUCUUUUGGGCCACACUCACGGUGGCCAUCCUGCUGAUGAUGGAGGGACUGAGCGCCUUUCUGCACACCCUGCGCCUCCACUGGGUGGAGUUUCAGUCCAAGUUCUUUAACGGCUCCGGCGAGAUCUUCAGGCCGUUCAGCUUUCCGCCCUCCAAUCACAGGAGUUGACUUUAUAUAUGUUUCCUUUUUUGUGAAUAGUUUCUUUAGCAUAAUAAUUUUAAUAAAUAAAAAAUGUA